AUGAUUGUCGGUGAUUACCAGCAAGCCAUUUUCUAUUCUGAGUUAGUGGACACAACGCCAUGUAUAUGUAGCCUAAGAUUUUUCUGUUACGAGACUUACGAUUCAAUAGGCUAUCCUAUGACAGAAAUAGAUUCUCAAGCAGAACUUGACCUUCUCGGAGAAGGACCAGCAGCAACAGAUGGUGACCAUCUUGAUGAGCACGCUCUCCUCGAUCAAUCACCUUCUCACGGAGAUGACCAGAACGGCGUUAGUCAUUUGAAGGUUGAGGAGUUGAAGAGUGAAGAAGUCGAUCUGUACGACGAUGCGAUAGCGCCAUCUUCUGGAGAAAAGUCCAUUGCUCCUGCACCAGUUCGGAACACCCAGCCGAAUGGAUCGACAGGGCAUGCUUCUGACGGGAAACGGUAUUGUUGCUACAUAGGGAAUUUGGUUUGGUGGGCUACCGACGCAGAUGUGGCCGUGAGUGUUUUGCGUAGUUAUAGGCUGUUGCACAUAAAGGCUAUCGGAAUCACGGAUUUGAUUGACAUGAAGUUCUUUGAAAAUCGGACCAAUGGACAAAGCAAGGGAUUCGCUCUACUCGUCUUUGCAAGCGACACAUCCGUGCGAACUGUCACUGAUCAAAUGCCACAGCGUCAAAUUCAUGGGCAGUCACCCGUUAUUCUUCCAUAUACUAAAGCAUCUCUUAACCGCUUAGAUGAGGCUACUUCGAAAAUGCAGAGUCGACCAGAUCCUAAACAGGCUAAAAAGGAUGAGGCUUGUAUGAACAUGGGUACAAUACGUAUAGGUGCAGCACCAACAGGACCCUCUGGGCCUCCACCAAUGUUAGGACCACGAAUGGGGCCUGGUGGACCAAUGGGUGGUGGUCCUAUGCCGAUGAUGCAAAUGAGGCCUGGUCCUGGUGGCCCUCCAAUGAAUAUCGCAGCCAGUGGCCAAAUGGUCGCUUCUGCAUCUGGUCCAGUUGGUCCGGGUGGUUUAGUGAAUCGAGGUCCAGUCAUGAUGGGACAACCUGUCAACCAGGGGCCAAUGAUGAGCCGUCAGAUGGGUCCUCCUGGAGUUGGUGGUUCAGUCGGAACGGUUCAAAUAGGUGGUCCCGUUCAACUGGGAGUACCAGGUCAGAUGACGACUGGGCCUCCUCGCCCUAUGGUGGGAGGCAACAUGCCAAUGCAAAUGGGAAGUGCUCCACCGUUAAUUCAGCCAGGAAUGCAGGUGCAUCCAAAUAUUUGUCGCAACCAGUACUACUGUCCGCAUUAUACACACUCAUCUAGUCGACCGCCUCCUGGUGUUCAAUUUGGUGGCACUCAACAGACUAUGGUUGGUAUUGGACAACAGCAAAUGAUCCAGCAAGGUGCUGCUGGCAUGCGUACAGUAGCUGCUCCCACGCAAGCUCCUCAGCAGCUUGUCGCACCUCAUGGUGCACAUAUUAAUCCACAGGUAUUCCUGAAUAAUUGCAAGGUUUUGUUGAAUAUUCAGAUGUUUCCCGGCGUUCAGCAGCAGCCUCCUAUCCCUGGAGCUAUGAAUGAGGUUGAAUUUGAAGAGAUAAUGAACAGAAAUAGAACGGUUGCAUCAUCCGCGAUUUCUCGAGCUGUAGCGGACGCUGCUGGAGGUGAUGUGAAAUCUGCAACUGAGACAAUCUUGACGGCGAUUUCUCUUAUAAAACAGAGUCGUGUAGCUCAUGAUGAUCGUUGUCGCCUUCUAGUUGCUAGCCUUCAGUGUUCGAAAAUUCCACAGGAAAAGUUGCCUAUUAAGUAA